CUCUGACGCCUUCAUCCGGGAAUCUGGUACGAACUCGCUCUCCAACAUGGCGGCGCCAGGUGAGGUUUAUGUGGGUGAACGAGCUAGGUCGGUUGGGCGAUUUCAGAGGGUAUUAGCUCGACACAAUUGAGCAAAUAUCGUUUGACGAGUGUCUACAGCUUAUCGUUUCAAUCUGUGUCGGUGUCCUAUGUGUAUAUUUUAAUCAAAUGACUGUUUCUCAGGGAUAAAGACGCCGCUGCCGGGGAAGUGAUCUAGCUAGCUAGCUAGCUAACGUCGUUAGCUACGCGAGGCAGCGAUUUGCUCAGAGUUGAAUAAUUUAUUCCCGGUGUUUUUCAUUGUGUGAUAUGUGACGGGUAUUACGUUGACAUUAGAGUGUGUCUUUGGCUUGUAUCCGACAUUAAGUAGGUCGUGAUGUAAUGUUAUUCAUAAACAACUGACACAUUGUGUCUAGGUAGUCGACGGUGGCGUUAAGACAAGCAAGCACAUUUCUUAGAGGAGGGUCUGGUUCAGUGGCAUGGGGUUCACAAGGAAUUCCCCACGUGCGGAUUUUGGUAACUGAUGGGUGAAGCGGGACAGUUGCCGGACACGUCCUAUCACUGGCCUCCCCUCAAAUUUUUGCCGGCUGGCAUAUUUGAUUAUGUCUGCCACAUGCCGCUAGCAUAGGCCUUAAACUCAAGCAGAGUCUUCCCGGUCAGCAGUCCUUUGCUGACUAAGCCAGUGGGUGUAAUGACAAUGGCUAGCUAAGCUAGCUAGCUCGUUAGCUUACUAACAUUUACAUUUUAGUCAUUUAGCAGACGCUCUUAUCCAGAGCGACUUACAGUUAGUGAGUGCAUACAUUUUCAUACUGGCCCCCCGUGGGAAACGAACACACAACCCUGGCGUUGCAAGCGCCAUGCUCUUCCAACUGAGCUACACGGGGCAACACACCGGUAGUAGCUAGCUAGGUACCAUCCAGUUUUUGCUAACUUAGUUAGCUAGCUUUGGCAAUAUGGCUACAUUGGCAAAAUGGCUGUAGCUAGCUACUUUGGCAGAAUGACUCACUGGCUAUAUCCUCAGUUUGGUUUCACAUAAUUCAUAAUGAUUCACCAUGUGAAAGGCACUACUUUGCACCUAGGCCUAUAUGCUGUUUUCUAGGAUAAUUAAAUACAGUGUGCAUUUAUGGUAUUGUUGUCAGUCACUGCACGAGUACUAUUACCCAUUCAUUGUAAACUGUGUGUGACCCACUGACAAGAUACCAAUUGUAAACAGGCUGUGUGUGUGAAAAGAAUGUCCUGACAGCUGGGAUUUUCACAAUGAAGCUGCCAGCCCUCUUUGUUUUUCCCAGUCUGCUUCAAACCAAAACAAACCGACCAAACCUGCUCCACCAGAAGAGUUGGGUCCCAUUAAAACCCCUGAAACCAGUAGUCAGUCAUUAUUGGGCUCCCGAGUGGCGCAGUGGUCUAAGGCACUGCAUCUCAGUGCUUGAGGCGUCACUACAGACCCCCUGGUUCGAUUCUAGGCUGUAUCACAACCGGCCGUGAUUGGGAGUCCCAUAGGGCGUUGCACAAUUGGCCCAGCGUCAUCCGGGUUUGGCCGGUGUAGGCAGUCAUUGUAUGUAAAUAAGAAUUUGUUCUUAACUGACUUGCCUAGUUAAAUAAAGGUAAAAUAAAAAAAUAGUCAUAACUCAUUUUGAUGUCUCACACACACCUAAAGUGGUGUUGCCCUUGAGGAAACAACCAAACUCUCUGUUGCUGCAAAUAGGAUAAACUGUAUAAAAGCACUUAUAUUGGCGGUUAAUAUGCAGCGAGAGACCACUCCCUGUUUUAGAACCAGGUUGGCAUUCACUGAGAUGAGUAAUGUACUGGAGGCAGCUCUGCAGGAUAAUCACUAGCUGCCACAGUCAUAAAAUCUGAUUUUUAAACCUUAACCACACCGCUGACCUUAUGCCUAACCCCAACUUUAAAUGAUGACCAAAAAGCACAUUUUGCUUUCAUGAAUUUAUACAAUAUGUAGCCAGUUUUGACUUUGCCGCUGGCCCAUCUAGUGUAAAUCUCUCCGCUCUGCCUCAGUACAAGAUUCAUCCCAGUAAACGUCACCCUGCCUUUUAAAAUGGGUCAGUGGGGCCAAGGCUCAUCUGUCUGGCUUUGGCCCCACACAAACUAUGAAGACCUAUUAGACAGACACACACUGUUUCAUUAUCAUGGUCUGCACAUCACUGCUCUGUUAUCUGACACGCUGUUGGACUGGAGCACUCCACAACAGUGAAAAUGUACUAUUUGUUCACAUGCAGCUGUUGGCAUAAAGGGCAGUUUGAGCCCUUUUCUAAACCAAUGAGCUUAUUUUGCUUUCGUCCGAGAAUGUCAAUGGCAGUUUGUCAGGCAUUUCCACUAGCUCCAUAUGGACACUUUCUUUGGUUUACGACGCAAGUGCAGGGCUGCCUGGAGGUAGAAGGCUGCCAACAGGACCUACUGGUCCCAAGAGAGCAUAGCAACACAAUCAGCAUUUUUCAUGGUGCGGUUGGCAGUGGCGGUCAGACAGACGAUUUUGGGAUGUCUCGCAGAUUAUUUGAAAACAGUCAAAUAAAAUUGUAUUUGUCACAUGCGCCGAAUACAACAGUGUGACCUUACUGUGAAAUGCUUACUUACAAGCCCUUAACCAACAAUGCAGUUUUAAGAUAAUAAGAGUUAAGAAAAUAUUUACUAAAUAAACUAAAGUAAAUAUAAAUUUAAGAAAUUAACAAAAUAACAAUAACGAGGCUAUAUACAGGGUGUACCGAGUCAAUGUGUGGGGGUACAGGAUAGUCAAGGUAAUUUGUAGACAUAGGUAGGGGUAAAGUGACUAUGCAUAGAUAAUAAACAGCAAGUAGCAGCAGUGUAAAAACAAAAGGGGGGCGUUGUCAAUGCAAAUAGUCCGGGUGUCCAUUUGAUUAAUUGUUCAGCAGUCUUAUGGCUUGCGGGUAGAAGCUGUCAAGGAGCCUUUAGGAACAAUACUUUAUGCUUUGGAUGCGUUAGCCUACCUACUGUAUUAAAAUCACCUAUUUGUUGCAUUAUUCACACUCAGAAUUCGCUGCUUCAAGUUCAGUAGCCUUCCUCUCCUAGUUAGGUGUGCAAGAUCAAGUGCGUCUGUAUAUGUGUGGUCUCAAUUAAAUAGUAGGCUGCCAGUGCAUGGGCGGAGAAUCACGUGGCAGUUAUCUUUCCAAGGACGUUUUAUUAAAUAUGAUUUGACUGCAGUUUACUACAGUGUCUGUAAUAAUGAUAAUGGAAAUAAGUGGAGGGUGCUCAACCGACAUGAGUCAAGGUGCAAUCAAACAAAUAGAGCAUUGAAAAGGAAAAGGCGCGACACAGUCAUAGGCUAAAAUAGUGAGCGAGCAUUAUGCCUUUUCAUUUUCAAUAAAUAUUGAUUGCCCAUUUUAUUUGUCUCUGCCUGCAAAUCAUCCUCCUAAAAGGUAGGCUAUAUCCUACAUGCAAAACGUAGCUCAAGAGAGUGUAACUGUCCGCUGUCAUCAUUCUUGCUACUUCCAGUUCAGUAGCCAUAUGUGGAGAUCAGGUGCGUGUGUGGUCUCAAUUAAAUAGAGUAGGGUAUAGGCUUGGGCGAUACCCCAGUAUACGGUAUAAACAGUAUAUUUCGAAAUACCGACGGUAUGAUUUUCAAUACCGCUUUAAAAAAAAAUAAUUUGGGGGGGGGGUUGCGUGCUACGCCACUGCUUAUAAACUAUAAGUUUAGUAUAACUAUAUAAUAAAUCUAAGAUGUCAAAUUAUACCCAGCUCAGGGCUCCAGCUAUGCAUUUGGUUAGCUAUCUAAGUGGCUAGAUAUCAAGCUUCUUGGUUACAGCAGAGACAUUCAAUCCCCUCCUGGAUCAAGAUCCCUAUUGCCUAAAUUGGUUUGUUUCCAAACAUUUUAUUUAUAACUUUUUUUUUUCAACAGCACACCUUUGUGCACGUUCAUUAAUGCCGUAUACCCCGGUAUGGUACAGAAACGUUAUGAUGGUAUGAAAAUCUGCAUAGUAGGCUAUCGCCUAUGCAUGGGCGGAGAAGCACGGGGCAGUUAUCUUUACAAGGAAAUGUACUUCCUAAAUAUGAUUAGGCUAUAUUUUACUACAUUGCCUAGAAAUAAAUAUUGAUCACCCAUAUUUUUCUCAGUCUGAAAAUUGUAUCACUCCUACAGGGUAGGCUAUAAAACAUAGCUCAAGAGAAAGUGCAAGUCUCCACCUUCUGCUCUCUUCAAACUACGUCUAGCCUAUUGUCUGAUUAUCGUCCAGUUAUACCGAUAGCCUAAUAUAAUGGGCCAUGUGAGAAUCUCUGGUAAUUUGACCUAUUUCUUAGGUUAUUUUUGCAGAUUUUGAUAUAUUGCCUAUAGGGCGCCAUAUUGCUUGGACCAUGGCUGGCAAGUGAGCUGUGUCACAUACGUCUAAAAUAACAUUGCAGGACUGCGGUUGCGUUUGGGACAGUUUUUUUUGCGGUAGCCGUUGGGAGUCGGACAGAGUGCGGUAUGAAAAGCUGCGGGCGGGAGUGGGAUGAAUAAAUCAGUCUCGCGCAGACCUCUACCUCAAGUCUAGUAGUUACAAAUCAAGUUAAAUGGACCGUGUGUAGUGGGCUAUGACUUCGUAAUUACAUCAGUCAAAAUGUCUUCCAAAUGUACCCUCUAUCUCCUAUGUAAGAGACUGGCAACCACGCUAAUCUAGACCCCUCAGACUGGAAACUAGGGACUAGUGGUUGUUUUUGGACAGUUCACCUCUGUACAUUACAUUUCCCUUCAAUGUGUCGUGCAGCCCACUGAUCUCUCUCUCUCUCUCUCCAGCUAAGAAAAAGGGGAAUAAGAAGGGGAAGACGCUGACCCUCACUGACUUCCUGGCAGAGGACAGUGGGAGUGGAGGCAACGCUCCACCACCGCAACCCAGCUACGCCAAGUCAACCAGCUGGGCCGAUGAGACUGAUGACCUGGAGGGAGAUGGUGAGAGACGCAACAUGAUGCUUGAUGAAAUCUCGUAUGGGGACUCAUCCAAAGAUGCAAACUUUCCAGGGUUUCACGUUCACUAGGGUGCAAUGUUAACUUUGCAGAUCAGAGAAAUGUAGCAUUGGGAAUCAUGUCUUGUUGUUCCACAAUACAUUUCUGAGUUUUCUGUAAUGUUGCACCUGUCCAUUGAAAUCCAAAUGUCUCUGGAGAAACACAUCCCUCUUUCUCAUCCCACUCUUCCUCUCCCUCAGUAUCCACCUCCUGGCACUCAGGGGAGGACAGUUACCGGGCCCCGGCCAUAGACCGCAACAUCCUGCCCACGGCGCCGCGGUCGGCCCGCGAGCCCAACGUGGACCGGUCGCGCCUUCCCCGCAGCCCCCCCUACACCGCCUUCCUGGGCAACCUGCCCUACGACGUCUCAGAGGAAUCUAUCAUGGACUUCUUCCGAGGCCUAGCGGUACGUACUAGAUCCUGUCAGAACGGCAGAUGUGUUAACAAAAUCUGUGUUGUGUUCAGUAGGCACAAAAUGGUGCAAAAAUGCUUUGCAGUCCUACCUGAACAUGUCUAAUGAGAACGAUCAUUUACACAAUGUUUUGCUGCGUUGUGCCGACUCAACGUGACUCUGGUGUGAAAAGGAUACCCCCACACUUUUUGACUAUAGUGUAGAUCUGUGUUGAACAACAGUAGUUGCUAUCAGUAAAUAGGAAAGGAGAAGAACUGUAAAAAAUAAACUGUUACAGGGGUUUGCACCAAAAGCAAAUCUAUUAAAAUCUUUACCAAACAUAGUUUUGCUGACCAGCCUCGUUAUCUUCAGCAUUAUACGCCUAUUGGGGCUGCGAACCUGCCAAACAGUGAGCCUCCUGGCACUGAUCGAAGCCGUUGCUGUUCUCUUGUAGCAGACACGGUCAAAUAGAUGGCAAAAACCACAGUUUCACCGACGGUCGCUGUGCAGUUUGACAGUAACUGACUCAGCAACAUUAAGGGGAAGGACACUUAAUGCUAAAUUGUGCCUAGAAAAUGUUUGAUGUGUAUUUCUUGGCCGUCAUUGUGAUUUAUAUGACGAUUUAGUAAGUGUUAUCAGGAUUCUAAUUUGAUUUGCCUCCCAAUGCGUGCUGCAGAAAAGUUUGGAAAAAAUUGUGAGCUCUUUUUUUGAAGGAGAUAUGAGAUGCACUGGACAACCAUGGUUGUGGUCAACUAUUGAUACACCAGUUGUUUGUAUUCCUGUUAGGGAUGCAAAUUUUGGUCAAUUUUGCUGCCGACUAACCGACCCUCAUUAACCAGUCAACAAACGGUAAAAACAUUUCCAAACAGUAAAAUGAGGUGACCAACAGAAAAUACUAUGCAUGCAUACAAGGAACGGACAUUUUUCAUUAAGAGUUGGAAACAUGCAACAAUAGCAAGCCUGCCGUCUUACAGUCAAAAGGCUAUAGCUUAUUAUUGAACAUGGAACUUCUGUAAUGAAGCAGCCAAUAAAAUGUAAUUUUCAAACAUUUGCCGAAAUGCGAUUCGCAGGAAAACACUGUUCUAAACAGCGCACUUAAUGCAAGCGGUUCCAUAUGUGACGGAGACUAAAAUCUCAGUUAGAUACUUAGAGAAGGGGAAUCUAAUAGUAAUGACUAGGAUGAGUUGCUAAUAUGAGGAUUUUGGCUUCUGGACAACGAAAGGAAGUUGAUAUGAAAAUCAAUAGAACAGGAGAGAAAUUCUGUAUCUUUAUAAAAUAAUUGCCUCCACUUUUUAUGGUUGGAUUUUGGCUAGGCUAUUUUGAAGCAAGGUAAGACAUGCCUCAUUAUUUGAAGUAAUGUUAAACGUUCAGGUUUCAAACAAUUAUACUGCCUCAAGUUCACGUUGCAAAGUGGUGGGUGACCAUUGAUAUAGCCUAUGCACUCGAAUGCUGUAAUUCCGAGUUGAUUGCUGUAAUUACAAGUUAAUUGUGGCCAUGAAAAGUUAACACGCGAUUGCAUUUAAAAUUGUUAUUUGUUGCGCAAUGACUGGGCUUACAAAAGCACAUUUCACUCCAGUACCAGCUUUUUGAGGAGCUGCUCUCGUGCUGUCUGACAGGUGAUAUCCUAGUUUGAGGAGCAGAAUAGCCUAUGUAUGCUGAGCGUGUGUGAUAAAUAAGAUGAAUGACGCCAAUUUAAUUCCACUAAAUUAUUCAUAUGUACCUAUAGAACGAUAAGAAUGACCGGUAAAAUGUAUUUUCUGCGGCUAACGGUUAACCGUUAACGUCCCUAAUUCCUGUCAAGCUGAAGGACACAAACAGGACAUUCAACCCACCUGAGGUCAAUCAUUGCCUAUAUCUGUAGGAGGCGGCUUAACUGGAACCAUCAACCUGUCUAGCCUGUUAAUAUACACUGAGUGUGAAAAACAUUAGUAACACCUUAUUAUUGAGUUGCACACCCUUUUGCAACUUCGACACGUGGGUUCAUGCAAGCAGAAUUUCUCUGAACCCUACCAAGUGCAAGGUCCUGUCAGUGACCUUCACAAGAAAUCCACCUGUCCCAUGCCCCUUCUGUAUUGAUGGCCAGAAUCUCAGUGUGUGAUAGUGUGGCAGGUAGCCUAGCAGUUAAGAGCGUUGGGCCAGUAACCGAAAGGUUGCUGGUUCGAGUUCCCUUAAGCAAGACACUUAACCCUAAUUGCUCCUGUAAGUUGCUCUGGAUAAGAGUGUCUGCUAAAUUAAUAAAAUGUAAAACAUUUAGGGGUAAUGGUACAGAAGGACUUACAAUUGGGCAAGCAGGUUGCUAAUAUGCUAACCAAGAGCAACAGAUAACUUUUUCUCCUUCACUGCCUUAAAUGGUUCCUUCUGCCACAGGAAGACCUGGUGAGCAUGUACACCAGCUACAUAUUCCCCACCCUGGGGUAUGCCACUCCUGCUUGGCACAGCUCACUGACCCAGCCCAGUCUGACCUGGAGCGUAUUCAGAAGAGAGCAUGCCGCACCCAUCCCAGGAGGGCACUCCAGUUAUACUGAGGCACUUCAGAACCUGUCCCUACCCCGGCUUCAUGAAAGACAGACACAACUCUUCCCCGACUUUGGUGUCAGCCUCCUAAAAUCUAAAUUCAGAGACUGGCUACCCCCUGACCAAAUCACUGACCGACAGGAACACCCGCAGCCAAAACAAACUGACUAUACCAAAGUCUAGAACUGAACGGUACAUGAGGUUACCAAUCCCGUAUUUCUGCUCAUUGAUUAAUGUCACUUUAUUAUUUACUCUUUUUAUUCUAUUUUAGUUACAUUUUACAUUUUUACAUUUUAGUCAUUUAGCAGACGCUCUUAUCCAGAGCGACUUACAGUUAGUGAAUACAUAUUUUUUUUAUACUGGCCCCCCGUGGGAAUAGUUCUUAUCUAUUGUUUGAAUAGUUCUUAUCUAUUGUUUGUCAGUGGUGGAAAAAGUCCCCAAUUGUCAUACUUGAGUAAAAGUAAAGAUACCUUAAUAGAAAAUGACUCAAGUAAAAGUGAAAGUCACCCAGUAAAAUACUACUUGAGUAAGUCUAAGUAUUUGGUUUUAAAUAUACAUAAGUAUCAAAAGUAAAUGUCAUUGCUAAAAUAUACUUGAGUAUCAAAAGUAAAAGUAUAAAUCAUUUCAAAUUCCUUAUCUUUUUUUGUUUGUUUAAUUUACGGAUAGCCAGGGGCACACUCCAACACUCAGACAUCAUUUACAAAUGAAACGUGUGUUGUGUAGUGAGUCUGCCAGAUCAGAGGCAGUAGGGAUGACCAGGGAUGUUCUCUUGAUAAGUGUGUGAAUUGGACAAUUCUUCUCUCCUGCUAAGCAUUCAAAAUGUAACGAGUACUUUUGGGUGUCAGGGAAAAUGUAUGGAGUUAAAAGUACGUUAUUUUCUUUAGGAAUGUAGUGAAGUAAAAGUUGUCAAAAAUAGAAAUAGUUGAGUACAGAUACCCCCCAAAAAUGACUUAAGUAGUACUUUAAAGUAUUUUUACUUAAGUUCUUUACACCACUGAUGUUGGUUGUAUGCUCAUGGAUUUAGCACCAAUGGUUUUCUGGGGAUUGACAUUAACACUUGAUGGACACUUGCCCAUUGGGCAAGUCUGCAGCAUUUUUUUUUUUUACUUGCCCAAAGGUUAAGAUGACUUGCCUGAAAUGUUGCUGUUUAUACAAACAAGCGCCAUAGUUCAAUAUAUCUUCAACGUCAACAUAGGAGGCAUCAAAAAUAUAGAUUUUACUAAAAGUGUUGACUGUAGUAUAAAUGUUGAAAUGGAAAUACAGUAGGUUAGCCUAUAUGGAGAGAAGUUGAAUGUGGGAAGAGACCUGCCAAUGUAUGCUAGGGAAGUGUGUAGCUAUCCUAUUCAAAUUCCCUCAAGGACAUUUAGAUUAAUCUCAUGAUACAGUAACGCAUUCUUGUUACGUCAUUGCAAUAUAUCCCCUCUGUUCUGAGACUGUCCUCUCGCCCUCGCUCAUCAGUCUUAUUUUUGACCUCAUACCAGUACAGUUCUCAAUCAGCCCUCUCUUACCCUCACUGCUCUGUCUCCCCUCUGUUCUCAGAUCAGUGCUGUGCGCUUGCCACGGGAGCCCAGUAACCCAGAGAGGCUGAAGGGCUUUGGCUACGCCGAGUUUGAUGAUGUGGACUCCCUCCUGAGGGCACUGACUCUCAACGAGGAGGUAAGGAAAGGACGCAAGGAGGGGCAGCAGGAAGGAUCAAAGGGUCUUAACUCCAGGUCCAUUCAUCGGAACACCAAUCAAUGCAAUGCAUGAUGACCCACUCGCUUAGUUGGGAUUCAUCCCGUAGACAUUUGAUAAUUUCAACCCAUAUCAACAUCAUUCAACUUUGGUAAUUAUCUACUUUGGUGUCUACAAGGGACAAAAAACUAAAGUGCUGUUGAUUUAGUAGCAGUACGAGAGCUUUUCAUAAAUGCGUUAAUCAAAUGAAUUGUUCAAGAUUAAUAUAUGGAAUUUAAAUGUAAAUGACAGGUAAAAAGUUUCAAGCUAUCACACUGGAACAUGCAGGUAUGGAAAAAAGAUGAGUUGGUUAAUUUAGGCCACAUUACUUGUAAUGACUUAUUCCCUGCCCCUCUGUCCUAACAGAACCUGGGAAACCGCAGGAUCCGGGUGGAUAUUGCAGAUCAGUCCAAUGACAAGGGUGAGUUAGACACAACCCAUGAUUCUGAGCAUUCUACUGUACUAUGGGAACAGAAUGGCCAAAUGUUCUAUCACUUGACCUGGACGUUGUAAGCAUCAUGGAUGUUGGGUACUAAACGGUAGCAAGUAACACAUCAAAACUGUAGGAGGAUCCAUUUUGUCCAAUGAUUAGGCUGGAUUUUUACUCCAAACGUUCCUCGUACGUAAAGUUACAACCUACAGCAUGCUCUGGAAUCUCUGGUUCGUGGAGAUGUCAGUCUCUCUAUAGAGUACGUCAACAGGAGUAUAAAUCCAGCCUUAGAUCUUAUGCGGCGGUUUCCUAGACACAGAUUAAGCCUAGUCCUGGGCUAUAAAGCAAACUCAAUGGAGAAUCUCCAUUGAAAGUGCUUUUUGUCCAGGACUAGGCUUAUUCUGCGUCCAGGAAACUGGUCCUAUGUGUCAGGAGAACAGUUGAUGCACAUCCAACAUUUCCCCACCAAUGCCGGGCCAAACAACACUUAAGAAGGGCUAGAGCAACCAAAACGUUUUCUAAUGUGGUGCAGAAAUAAAGCACCUGGGGGCAUUUACAGUGUGUGGGCUUUUCUUUCUUCUACUUUGAUGUCUAACUUCCUUCUAUGGCCAGAGGGGAGAGACAAUGGCCAGAUGGGCGGACGGGACAGGAUGGGCCGUAUGGGAGACAUGGGGGGCCCUGACAAGACCGACAGUGAUGACUGGAGGGCCCGGCCCACUGCAGACGCUGACGACGGACCCCCAAAGAGAGAGGAAUCCGCUUUCGGUGAGAGUGAUUCCUUCUAAGCUCAAAGUGGACUCGGCAAGCACACAUCCCUUCUUUUAAAGCACCCUGCUAAAAUUGGGAGGGCGACGCCUCACGGCUUGGCUCUUGGGGGCAUGUAAGCACGGGUAUACCAAGGAAGGAGAGAAAAGGCCCAGUGGGGCGGACCUCUUUCUUAAUGUCCUUUGUCUCAAGGCUUCGUGCUACACUAUCUGUAACGUCAAGCACGCAUGGGUGUAUUUUAGUCGGUCCAGAUAGUUCAAGUUCUUAUCUUCAGCCUUAUGACAAGAACUGCAUACGUUCUGUGACUUUUUUUCUUAAUAUUGCUGAGAUCUCAAGAGGCCAUCACUUGAUUUGCGUGCCUUUUUAUUAACUGACGUUUUCUUUCUGUCCCUCUCAGGGUCCCGCGACCGCUAUGGAGACCGUGACGGGCCGAGACGGGACAACGACCGCGGCUUUGGCGGCGACCGAGACCGCGGCUUUGGCGGCGACCGAGACGGCGGCAGAGACCGUGGCUUCGGCGGCAGAGACCGUUAUGACGACCGGGGAGGUGAGAGCGGAGGUGAAACCACUGCUCAAAACUGAGAGUAUCAUCGACAAUCUAGAAUAUGCUUUACUUUGUUAUCCAGAUCCUCCUCUGUCAGAAUAUGGUGUCAUCAGUCAAUCAAGCCUCCUGUAUGAUAAUGAAUAUCAAGAAUGUCAAUCCAUAAGCUAUUUUUUGCUCUUAGCCUUGCUUAGGACUAAUUCUCACAGGAAAACAGACUAAUGGCACUUCCCCACAGUGCGUUUUUGAAAAUCUGAAUGUCUUUAUGUAUGCGCCACUGUACAACAUCACAGCUGAUAAAUCGUGAGGAUUUUAUCUGAAGGGUGUUCUCACGUUGCGACUUACAGCUCAGCUCCCCUGCCGUCGUGACAUUGUCAUUUCCACUAGUGUAUAUAUCAAGUUUGAUUUGAACUCGUAGUAGAUACAAACAGUGAUUGUUUGUCAAAUAUAUCAGCAUUUUAUCUGUUCUAGUAGGCCUACAAUGUGGUUUAUAAAAUCAAAUUUGGAUAUAUUUGGCUGUUUUCACAAAAUAGUGUAAAAUACACACAUAAACAGCCUAAAUGUAGAAAGAUGAACCUAUUGCUUCUUCUUUGCCACAGCACAUGCCAGCAUGCCAAGUUUUUAUUGGGCACAGAUAACGAUUGUGUGGAGUCUCCCACUUAGCUGUGUUCACACAAUACAAAAAGUGCAGAGCUACGACAGAAAAUUGUGACAUGCUAGUCGUUUGGCCGGGACGAUUUGGUGUUGUCCGGAGUUUGCAAGUGCAGUAAAUCCGAUGUCGUUGACCCUGCCACACUGCGACAUGAGCUCCCACAAUGCAAAUUGUAAUAAGACCUUCAAUCAUAAAGUAUUUCCAAACUGGCACUGUGGGGCUUAGCAUUAGUCAACAGUCCUUUUUGUCAACCUGACACUAUGCAGAGUGGCAAAGUUUAGAUCCUGCAGUUACAUUGAUCUGACUGCGGUUGCUGGUGCUAAAAUCUAUCAGUUUUUCAAGUAUGGCAACUGUAUUUUUUUUGUUCUGUGGACAGCUUGUAAAGCAGCCAUUGCGUGUAUAUUUUUGCCUUCAUGAGAUGAAUAAUGCCAGAACCAAACAAAGUGUUUCCCUGUGUCGCGCUCAUAUUUCAGUUACAGCCGCUUGAUCAAUACCCUGUCUAAGUCUUGGCGCUUGUACUCCUCUACUCUUCCACAGCCUUUGGCUCCCGCAGGGACCGGGAUGACGGCGGGCGACGUGCCUUCGGCAGUGGCUACCGCCGUGAUGAUGACGGGGGUGGUGGUGGCCGCUACGGGGACCGGGACCGGGAUCGCUACGGAGGGGACAGAGAGGACCGAUAUGAGAGGCGCGAGGAGAGAGGAGGUGAGGGUAAAUGACCCUCAAAUUACGUUCAAUAUUAUUUUGCUUAUUACAGUAUAUUAUUCUGUAUGAUGUCAACCCCAUAACCACAUGUCCAUCCUCUUACCCCUGCUGACACCAUCCUUCCCUUAGGUCUCCUGCCUCGGUCCCCCUUUAAUUAGUUAGUAGUGUUGUAUUACAUUUAUAUCAAAUGAACAGGUCUCCCUUGGUGAUGAUGCAUCCACGGUUCAAAUAAAGGUUAAAUAAUUACAAAAUAUAUGAUGUCAUCCCUAUAACCCAUAUCCACUCCGUUACCACCCCACCCCCCUCUUCCCUCCACACCCAGGUGGUCCUACCCAGAGGCCCAAGCUGGUCCUGAAGCCACGCAGCACGCCCAAGGAGGAGGAGCAGGCUCGCAGCGGUGGUGGGGGAGCUGUUCCAGCUGCUCCAGUGACUGCCCCCAGCUCCGGCCGUGCCUCCAUCUUCGGAGCGGCCAAGCCCGUGGACACGGCGGCCAAGGAGCGGGAGGUGGAGGAGAAGCUCCAGAGGCAGCUGGAAGAGGACAAGUCCAGGGGCUUCGAUAGGAAACCCCGCGACAGAGACAGGUGAGGGGUUGAGGGUGUAGCUGGAAAUUGCCAGAGCAGGAAUGUUCCAUACACACAAAAAGCUUAUUUCUUUCAUUUUGUGCACAAAUUUGUUUACGUCCGUUAUUGAGCGUUUCUCCUUUGCCAAGAUAGUCCAUCCACCCGACAGGUGUGGCAUAUGAAGAAGCUGAUUAAACAGCUUGAUCAUUACACAGGUGACCUUGGGCUACAGACAAUAAAAGGCCAAUCUAAAAUGUGCAGUUGUCACACAACACAAUGCCACAGAUGUCUCAAGUUUUGAAGGAGUGUGCAAUUGGCAUGCUGACAGCACGAAUGUCCACCAGAGCUGUUGCCAGAGAAUUGUCAAUUUCUCUACCAUAAGCCGCCUCCACCGUUGUUUUAGAGAAUUUGGCAGUACGUCCAACUGGCCUCACAACCGCAGACCACAUGUAACCAUGCUAGCCCAGGACCUCCACAUCCGGGAUAUUUACCUGCGGGAUCGUCUGAGACCAGCCACCCGGGCAGCUGAUGAAACUGAGGAGUACUUCUGUCUGUAAUAAAGCCCUUUUGUGGGAAAACACAAUUGGCUGGGCCUGACUCUCCAGUGAUUGGCUGGGCUCCCAAGUGGGUGGGCCUAUGCCCUCCCAGGCCCAUCCAUGGCUGCAUCCCUGUCCAGUCAUGUGAAAUCCAUAGAUUAGGACCUAAUUAAUUUAUUACAAUUGACUGAUUUUCCUUUUAUGGAACAGUAACUUAGUAAAAUAAGUCGCUCUGGAUAAGACCGUCUGCUGAAUGAUGUAAAUGUAAAAUCGUUGAAAAUGUUGCAUGUUGCGUUUUAUAUUUUUGUUCAGUAUAUUUACUAAAUCUUUCUCUUCUGUGCUUAGGGACCCAAGCUGGAGGAGUGAGGAACCACCUUCUGAGCGACCUGCUACACGCUCCCGCACAGGAAGUGAGUCAUCACAGACAGGAAGUACAUCUGGAGGAAGAGGUGAGGGUCAACCUUAUUCAACUUCUGAGUUCCAUCCAGUUCUCUUUGUAGUCUCUUUGCUUGUGGUGUGAGCACUCAUACAGUGAGGGGGAAAAAAGUAUUUGAUCCCCUGCUGAUUUUGUACGUUUGCCCACUGACAAAGAAAUGAUCAGUCUAUAAUUUUAAUGGUAGGUUUAUUUGAACAGUGAGAAAAAAAUCAAGAUCAAUUGAUUAGCAUUUUAAUGAGGGAAAUAAGUAUUUGACCCCUCUGCAAAGCAUGACUUAGUACUUGGUGGCAAAACCCUUGUUGGCAAUCACAGAGGUCAGACGUUUCUUUUAGUUGGCCACCAGGUUUGCACACAUCUCAGGAGGGAUUUUGUCCCACUCCUCUAUGCAGAUCUUCUCCAAGUCAUUUAGGUUUCGAGGCUGACGUUUGGCAACUCGAACCUUCAGCUCCCUCCACAUAUUUUCUAUGGGAUUAAGGUCUGGAGACUGGCUAGGCCACUCCAGGACCUUAAUGUGCUUCUUCUUGAGCCACUCCUUUGUUGCCUUGGCCGUGUGUUUUGAGUCAUUGUCAUGCUGGAAUACCCAUCCACGACCCAUUUUCAAUGCCCUGGCUGAGGAAAGGAGGUUCUCACCCAAGAUUUGACGGUACAUGGCGCCGUCCAUCGUCCCUUUGAUGCGGUGAAGUUGUCCUGUCCCCUUAGCAGAAAAACACCCCCAAAGCAUAAUGUUUCCACCUCCAUGUUUGACGGUGGGGAUGGUGUUCUUGGGGUCAUAGUCAGCAUUCCUCCUCCUCCAAACACGGCGAGUUGAGUUGAUGCCAAAGAGCUCGAUUUUGGUCUCAUCUGACCACAACACUUUCACCCAGUUCUCCUCUGAAUCAUUCAGAUGUUCAUUGGCAAACUUCAGACGGCCCUGUAUAUGUGCUUUCUUGAGCAGGGGAACCUUGCGGGCGCUGCAGGAUUUCAGUCCUUCACGGCGUAGUGUGUUACCAAUUGUUUUCUUGGUGACAAUGGUCCCAGCUGCCUUGAGAAAAUUGAGAAGAUCCUCCCGUGUAGUUCUGGGCUGAUUCCUCACCAUUCUCAUGAUCAUUGCAACUCCACGAGGUGAGAUCUUGCAUGGAGCCCCAGGCCGAGGGAGAUUUGACAGUUAUUUUGUGUUUCUUCCAUUUGUGAAUAAUCGCACCAACUGUUGUCACCUUCUCACCAAGCUGCUUGGCGAUGGUCUUGUAGCCCAUUCCAGGCUUGUGUAGGUCUACAAUCUUGUCCCUGACAUCCUUGGAGAGCUCUUUGGUCUUGGCCAUGGUGGAGAGUUUGGAAUCUGAUUGAUUGCUUCUGUGGACAGGUGUCUUUUAUACAGGUAACAAGCUGAGAUUAGGAGCACUCCCUUUAAGAGUGUGCUCUUAAUCUCAGUUCGUUACCUGUAUAAAAGACACCUGGGAGCCAGAAAUCUUUCUGAUUGAGAGGGGGUCAAAUACUUAUUUCCCUCAUUUAAAAUGCAAAUCAAUUUAUAACAUUUUUGACAUGCGUUUCUCUGGAUUUUUUUGUUGUUAUACUGUCUCUUACUGUUCAAAUAAACCUACCAUUAAAAUUAUAGACUGAUCAUUUCUUUGUCAGUGGGCAAACGUACAAAAUCAGCAGGGGAUCAAAUACUUUUUUCCCUCACUGUACAUUAUCAACUUUUAAAUGUAAACCACAGUAUCAAUUGUACUGUCACUGUAGAUAUGUUUUCUGUCAGCUAUCAGAUUAGUGGUUCCUUGCAACAGCUGCUCCUUUUCAGCAGGAUUUCAGGGAAUGCAUAUCUAUGGUGUGAUGUGUGUCGUCCUUUCCUCUUCCGUCUGCACCUAACUAAAAAGACGGGAUGGGUGAAAAUCAGAUGUGUAUUCCUAUUGAGGAUUAGUUUUCAAUACAAGUUAAAGGAGAGGAGCAGAGGUAGCCCCUUUUACACCAGAGGCAACCCAAACAGUCCGUUUCAAUACUGAACUCUCACCCUCUUUUGUCCAGUCUCGCGACGCAGAGAGAGCGAGCGCUCGGUUGAGAAUGAAGUAUUCAGUGGUAAGGAGGACGACCCUCCCUCUCCCGGGGCUCGCCCUACUUCCGCCAACUCUUCCACAUCCUCCUCCAAGGAGCCUCUCAAGGUGAUGCCCGCACCACCACCCAAGGAGAAUGCCUGGGCCAAGCGCCCUGCGGUGAGCGCAGGGUCCACCCCUGUCUCCCCCAGUGACGCGGCACCUCCCAAAAUGAGGUCAGAACACAUUCUUAUACGUCUUGUAUAUUGUAUAGCAUCUAUGGAUAAGAGUGGCCAAUUGUUUCGUAUUGAUGUCACAUCCCUGUGUCUAUUGUAGUGACUGAGGCAAAACAUUUGCUUUGAAUUUUUACUUUGCAAGCUAGUUAGCUAAAGGUCUGAAUGUCCUGUCUCUUUCAGCUCAAGUUCUGCAGAUGAAAGAGGAUCUGGAAGGGGUAAGGCACUCGGACUGCAAAGAACUUGUGCUUGUGUGUUUUGUUAGUGAUUCAUUCCAAAUAAGGUGUAAUGGAGACUUUGUCCUAAUCUAAUCCCAGAGUGGACCAACUAGGCCUUUCAGUCCUACUCUCAGAUUAAGAGAUUAUGCUCUGAAGUCAAGCGUGAGUGUUAUUGACACUUUGGGGUUUUAUUCACCCCCUCGCCCCUGAAUCACUGCUGGAUUGUGAUAUCUAACAUCACGUUCCAAUUCUAAAAGGAAUUCAUGAUUGAUUGUUUCCACUUCUAUCUCAGGGGGUUUGGUGAUUAGCUAAAGCAUGGUCCCGUGUAGCUCAGUUGGUAGAGCAUGGCGCUUACAACGCCAUGGUUGUGGGUUCGAUUCCCACGGGGGGCCAGUAUAAAACAUUUACGCACUCACUAACUGUAAGUCGCUCUGGAUAAGAGCGUCUGCUAAAUGACUAAAAUGUAAAAUGAGAAGGGGGCGAGUGGGUGGAUUGGGACGAGGAGGCCACAACUUGACUAACAUGGAUCAAAAUAGUGUAGAACUGCCCAAUUCUGGUCCUGGUAAUCUCUCCUGUUGGUUCUCUUGCCUGGUUUCAUUGGCUAGCUAUCUCAGGACUCUAUAUUGCAACUGUAAAGCACUGGUCUGAAGGGUUGGCAAAAAGCAAUAUGGAAGGUCCCAACUACCUUGGCCACCAGUACUUCACACACAAUCAUUUCAAAUGAAUGAGGAUGAAGAGAUGGGACAUCAGAAGCAACUUUGAAGUAUUGGAAUCCAACUCUAAUGUACUGAAUUAUCAGUUGGUAUAAAACCCAGGAGAGAAGAGACAGCAGGAACAAAACUGGGCAGCCCUGGUGUAAAAGUGGGGAACCCUUGGUCCUGUAGGGGUGCAGUGUCUGAUACUUUCCCAGGGUCGUGCUCUGUAGGCACCAAACGACACCUAACGUUCAAACUUCAACACCCUUUCCCAUAAAACGUUUUUUAAGUGUUUUCUCUUGUUUGUGCCUCCUGAACGUGACCCUGGUGUUGUCAAACUCUUGACAGAUUUUGCCAUGAAUAUGUGGUUAGCUCCUGGGAAAUGAGGUAAGAUUAUUCAUUAUUUAAUGGAUAUGGUUUAUUAAUCAGGUGAAGGUUGUCAGUCAGCAAAAGCAGCAGACCCUGUGGCCAUUAAGGAAAAUGGGUUCCCUAGUCCUGGGUUGUAUUCAAGAUCACAAAAGUUAGAUGUUUGAACCUCCCAUUUGACAAUAGAUGCUUUGCAUAACUGUGCAAAUGUCAUGAUCUUGAAUGCAACCUUGGGCCAUAGGCGGUGUGGAAUGCUGUUGUGGCGUGGAGUUCCAGCCACCCAAACCCCUCCCUCAAUCCUCACUGUUUGGGCUCUCCCUUCCAGACGAGAAUAAAGUGGACUGUGUGCGUCGGGACCGGGGCCCCCCACGGGGGAGAGGGGGGGCUGCGGGGCCUGGAGCAGGGCGGGGCCGAGGAGAAGGGGCCAACAGAGACCGACGAAGGGAGGAAGACAGGUCAGCCCAAAACGAGUGGCAUUAGUGGAACAGGCAGGGAGGAUAUUGCAGCCAGGGUACCUCUAAAGGCUGGUUUAUGGUCAAUACGUCAACUGUUUGAAUAGAAGUUAAAAGCAAUGCAAUUGCUACCGUUAUUGUUAGGUUAAAUGCUUGCUAGCUUAGUGGAAGUGCCUUCACCAGGGCCCAAUACUCUCCUCAGUGAGGAUAUUACCGAUGCAAGCAGCAAUUCCUUGACUCUCCCGAACGUGACGGCACAGCACUCGUUUGCCUCAUUACUAAAGCACAACAUGAUCAUUUGGACGUUUCUAACAUCAUGUCACAAACCCACCAAAAUGUUAUCAUGACUUAUAUUAUGUAAAUAUUGACAAAAAAAUGGAAAUAACUACAGAACAGGGACUCAUACCAGUAGCUCGCAGCCCACCUAUGAGUAGCUCGCCAAACAAUUCUGAAAGUACAUGCAAUUUUCACGUGUUUCACCGCAAAACUGUCAUUAACAAAUCUCACAAGCAUCAGACACCGCAAGCUCUCAGCUACUAUCUAAGCAACGCGACAUUGACAUUAUCCCACCCCUGGUUAGCCGCUAUUGGCUUAAAAAGCCGAACCUAACACUAUCUGCCAAUUAAUUUCCAGCAAUAUUGCCCCUGUCUGUGUGGUGCGUACGUUUCUCACUCCAAUGUGAUAACUGCCUUGUGGGUUGACAGAAAUACUUUCCCCAAAAGUAUAUCAUUUGUGUCUAUUAUUUAUUUGCAAACUUUGCUAUGACAUGAGCAGCAGCUGUACAGAACCAUCGCUAGACCGGCGAAUUAGAUGGCACGUUCUUCACUCGGCGAAUUAGAUGGCACGUUCUUCACUCGCAAGGUGUGCAAUUGGCCUCCCGAAUGGCGCAGCGGUCUAAGGCACUGCAUCUCAGUGCUAGAGGCGUCACUACAGACCCUGGUUCGAACUGGUGAUCGGGAGUCCCAUAGGGCAGCGCACAAUUGGCCCAGCGUCGUCCGGGUUAGGGGAGGGUUUGGCCGGUGUAGGCCAUCAUUGUAAAUAAGAAUUUGUUCUUAACUGACUUGCCAAGUGAAAUAAAGGUUAAAUAAAAUAAUAAUAAAGGCACAGAUAAACAAUUCCAGGGGAAUUGCUAAAAAAAUUAUAAUAAUCAGACCUACAUAAAAAUAAAAAAAAAUCUGAUUUGAUUAAAGCGUGGACUCCGAACAUCCAAUUUCGUUGUUUGACUAUGAACAACUAAUUUUGAAUGAAAAACAAAAAACAUCUAAAUGUAACGGAACUUAAUUUGGGAAACUAUAAAACAAUUCUGGUGGAAAAUCACAUUUUAUAGGGCCCCCUUAAAGUAGUUUUUUUACCAUUUUAUUUUCCCAGGUAUAUUGGCAGAACUUAGUGCACUACUUUCUCUUGUACAAAAAGGACAUGGGGAAGAGUUGCAGGGGAGAGGAGAAUGUGCCUAUUUGAAAGCUAGAAAAAAAUUGUAGCUUGCGACGUUUCAUAAAAAAAAAACUAAAAGUAGCUCAAGCUAGAAAAGGUUGGAGACCUCUGGUAUAUAAUUAUUACCCACUCCCAGGGGUUGUAGUUCCUUGUUAUGGUAACCGUAAUAACUGAACUGAUUGGUUUUAGGCAAUAUAAUGACUGUUUAGCUAGCUAAUUCCAUUUAGCCUUCCUCAUUCAAAAAAUUAUGAUUUGUGUCUCGGAGGCGUGAGUAGAUGUGGGUAUUUCUUGCGUAUGUCAUCGCACAUGAAAAAGUCAUUUUUUUCGCAACAGUUCCAAUUUAAACUGGAUGGAACUGGUUGAGGUUGUGUACAAUAACCAUGUUUUUUUACACCGAUGUUGGUCAGUGUUCCUCCAUUCCUUUCCCUAACUUAACAAUUUUUUUUAAUCUAGCCCCACACAAUAACACCUGAGCUUUAUCAUUAGUUAACUAGGUGCACUUGUGUGGGGAUAAAACAGAAAUGUGUCAUGUUGGGGGUAGCCUACUUGAGUCAACACUCCUGUUGGUGACUAACUGUAAACCAGCCUUUAGAGGUUAUACGAGAGAUUGUGAGGGUGUGAAUACUAUUAGUCUUCUCCUGCAUUUACAGUUAUGAGUGGAUUAUAUUGGAUCAAUUUGAUUGGGAAUGAUUUGGUGUUGUACAGUUGAGCAGUGUGCUAGUGCACUCACAGGCUCUGACCCUCAAGACUUAGCUGGACAGUGAAGUUUAACUUAGUGUUUAUUCUGAUUGUAGAAAGGAUAACAGAAGAGACCGGGACUCAAGACCAGCACCAGAGCCAAAGAAAUACGAAGAGUCCCCCACUCCUGUGAGUCCUGGUGCCACAUCAAGUGCUCUUGACCCACCCCAUAGUGGAUUUGGAUUUUCCUCAAACUCCCACACACUGUCAAGUUCAGUUUUUUCAAAACCUGAAACUCCCCCUGCACAAUCUUCAGUCUUUCACUGAACCUGUCCCCCAAACUGUCUUCAGUCCUUUACCACAUUAUCUCAGCGCAUUAGCUUCAGUCCUCUACUGAAACUGCCCAUGGUACCACCCUUUUAGGGUAUCCCUCAUCGUCGCCAGCUUUUUCCUCAAUCUUUCCUUGUUUGUUCUUCUCUCUUUGGCUUUUAUUGCAAAGUCACACAACAGGAAAAACAUGGGUCCCACUUCAUGAUAAGUUUCCUGAUAUCUAUAUACAUAAGUUAUAUAUACAUAUUAUCAAAUCACAUUUUAUUUGCCACAUGCACCGAAUACAACCGGUGUAGACCUUACAGUGAAAUGCUUACUUACAAGCCCUUAACCAACAAUGCAGUUUAAAAAAACAAAGUUAAGUAAAAAAUUGAUAAGAAAAAAUAAUUAAAGAGCAGCAGUAAAAUAACAGUAGGGAGGCUAUAUACAGGGGCUACCAGUACAGAGUCAAUGUGUGGGGGCACCAGUUAGUCGAGGUAAUAUGUACAUGUGGGUAGAGUUAGUGACUAUGCAUAGAUAAUAAAUAGAGUAGCAGCAGCGUAAAAGAGGGGGUGGGGGGGGGGGGGGCAAUGCAAAUAGUCCGGGUAGCCAUGAUUAGCUGUUCAGGAGUCUUAUGGCUUGGGGGUAGAAGCUGUUAAGAAGCCUUUUGGACCUAGACUUGGCACUCCGGUACCGCUUGCUGUGCGGUAGCAGAGAGAACAGUCUAUGACUAGGGUGGCUGGUCGGAGGGCGAGCAGUUGCCAUACCAGGCGGUGAUGCAACCAGUCAGGAUGCGGUCGAUGGUGCAGCUGUAUAACUUUUUGAGGAUCUGAGGACCCAUGCCAAACCUUUUCAGUCUCAUGAGGGGGAAUAGGCUUUGGUCCCUCUUCACGACUGUCUUGGUGUGUUUGGACCAUGAUAGUUUGUUGGUGAUGUGGACACCAAGGAACUUGAAGCUCUCAACCUGUUCCACUACAGCCCCGUUGAUGAGAAUGGGGGCGUGCUCAGUCCUCUUUUUUUUCCCUGUAGUCCACAAUCAUCUCCUUUGUGUUGAUCACGUUGUUAUCCUGGCACCACACGGCCAGGUCUCUGACCACCUCCCUAUAGGCUGUCUCAUCGUUGUCGAUUAUCAGGCCUACCGCUGUUGUGUCGUCUGCAAACUUAAUGAUGGUGUUUUUGUCGUGCCUGGCCAUGCAGUCAUGGGUGAACAGGGAGUACAGGAGGGGACUGACCACACACCCCUGAGGGGCCCCCGUGUUGAGGAUCAGCGUGGCAGAUGUGUUGUUGCCUACCCUUACCACCUGGGGGGCGGCCCGUCAGGAAGUCCAGGAUCCAGUUGCAGAGGGAGGUGUUUAGUCCCAGGGUCCUUAGCUUAGUGAUGAGCUUUGAGCGCACUAUGGUGUUAAAUGCUGAGCUGUAGUCAAUGAAUAGCAUUCUCACGUAGGUGUUCCUCUUGUCCAGGUGGGAAAGGGCAGUGUAGAGUGCAAUAGAGAUUGCAUCAUCUGUGGAUCUGUUGGGGCGGUAUGCAAAUUGGAGUGGGUCUAGUGUUUCUGGGAUAAUGGUGUUGAUGUGAGCCAUGACCAGCCUUUCAAAGCUACAGAUGUGUGCUACGGGUCGGUAGUCAUUUAGGCAGGUUAUCUUAGUGUUCUUGGGCACAGGGUCUAUGGUGGUCUGCUUGAAUGUUGGUAUUACAGACUCAAUGUUGAAUGUCAGUGAAGACACUUGCCAGUUGGUCAGCGCACGCUCUGAGUACACGUCCUGGUAAUCCGUCUGGCCCUGCGGCCUUGUGAAUGUUGACCUGCUUAAAAGUCUUACAUCGGCUAUGGAGAGCGUGAUCACAUAGUCAUCCGGAACAGCUGAUGCUCUUAUGCAUGCUUCAGUGUUGCUUGCCUCGAAGCAAGCAUAGUGUGGGGGCGAUAGGUAUUAGUUGAAGCUCAAUGUUAUUAAAAUCUCCCUACCAUCAUAUCUAAGCCAAUAUGACACCAAUCUCGAUGAAAUUGUGUAAAUCAACUUGGAGGUACACAACACACACCCUGCCUCUCGUCAUGAGCCGUUCUGGCCUUUACCGAGAAACACAUGCUGGAUUAUUUGAACAGGGUCGUUAGCAAUUUAGUUUUAGGAGUAUUUUCUGCACCUACCAAGCUCAAAUUCUAGACGUCGGAUUAAAAUGAGAUUAUAGCGUCCAUAAAGUGACCAUUGGACUUGAACAUUUUUGGAUUGACUGUUUGUAGGUGCAACAGUUUUUAUAAAAUGUAUAAUUUAAUGCUCUCUCGUGCUAAUUUCUGUCCAUUAAGAACCAAUUAUGUGCUACCUUUUUGUAGCAUUUCUGACAAAUCUGAUCAGCCGAAUCUGAGUUCUAAAACCAGGACCACAACUUGGUUGCUGCACAACAGCAGCAGCUAGCUAGUGGCAUGGUAGCAGCUGUAGCUACCUAGCUAGCUAACACCAGUUGGAUGAGAAGCAAGCUACAAGAAAAGGUUGUUAGCGAGAUGGGUAUAUUUUGCUAUGGAGGAUUUUUCAUAUGGCUGAAGUCAUGUGUAAAUUACACUGAACAGAAAUCUAAAUGCAACAUGUAAAGUGUUGGCCCCAUGUUUCAUGAGCUGAAAUUAAACAUCACAGAAAUUUUCCAUUUGCACAAAAAGCUUAUCUCAAAUGUUGUGCACAAAUUUGUUUACAUCCCUGUUAGUGAUCAUUCCUCCUUUGCCAAGUUAAUCAAUCCACCUGACGUGUAUCGCAUAUCAAGAAGCUGAUUAAACAGCAUGAUCAUUACACAGGUGCACCUAAAAGGCCGCUCUAAAAUGUGCAGUUUUGUCACACAACACAAUGCCACAGAUGUCUCAAGUUUUGAGGGAGCAUUGGCAUGCUGACUGCAGGAAUGUCCACCAGAGCUGUUGCCAGAUAAUUGAAUGUAAAUUUCUCUACCAUAAGCCAGAGUGCCCCGUGGUGGUGGGGUUAUGGUAUGGGUAGGCAUAAGCUACGAACACAAUUACAUUUUAUCGAUGGCAAUUUGAAUGCAGAGAUACUGUGACGAGAUCCUGAGGCCCAUUGUCGUGCCAUUCAUCCACCGCCAUCACCUCAUGUUUCAGCAUGAUGUUGCAAGGAUCUGUACAAAAUUCCUUGAAGCUGAAAAUGUCCCAGUUCUUCCAUGGCUUGCAUACUCACCAGACAUGUCACCCAUUGAGCAUGUUUGGGAUGCUCUGGGAUUAACGUGCACGACAGCGUGUUCCAGUUUCCACCAAUAUCCAGCAACUUCCCACAGCCAUUGAAGAGGAGUGGGACAACAUUCCACAGGCCACAAUCAACAGCCUGAUCAACUCUAUGCGAAGGAGAUGUCACGCUGCAUGAGGCAAAUGGUCACACCAGAUACUGACUGGUUUUCUGAUCGACACCUCUACCUUUCAUUUUUAAGGUACUGUAUCUGUGACAAACAGGUGCAUAUCUGUAUUCCCAAUCAUGUGAAAUCUAUAGAUUAGGACCUAAUGCAUUUAUUUUAAUUUACUGAUUUCCUUAUAUGAACUGUAACUCAGUAAAAUCUUUGAAAUUGUUGCAUAUUGCGUUUUAUUUUUGUUCACAGUGUAAAUCAGAGCACAAACAAUUAAGAUAGCAAACGUUCUUGGCUGCUAUUACAGCCAGUUAGCUAGCCAACUAGCCAGAAUCUACAAGCCAACAAGACUGUACCAAUGUUGACAACAAAUCCAAAUAAGCAUAGCUAGCUAAGUAAAGUGCAUAGUCAACACCAAACUUUGAGAAACUGCCAUGCUGCUAACUUAUAAUACAUGCAAUGGGCAUUGCUCAUCUAGUUACUCCGGCAUGAACUGGCUAGAUGGCUACAUGUGCAGCCAGAUGUCAGGUUCAACAGAGACACUGCUAGCUAGCCUACAUUUCCUCAACCAAGAUCAGCCUCUCACAACACAAACUCACAAUAAAUUCCAGCCCUUACCUUAUGAUGAAUUAAUUCAGUACACCCUCUUUCAAUGCAAUUUUCUUAAUGCCAUUUGAAUCAACAUCUGUGCUGACUGAUUAACCAUGUGAAGUUACAGUUCAGUGUGUUCCCAGAAAUCCGAACCCAGUAAGACAAAUUUUUUAAAUACUUAUUUUCCAGACCAUUGAAGUUGGGUUAAUUUUUGGUUCUGAAUGAGAAGUGAAAAGACGUAUUUUCAGGAAGUUUAAAAUAUGUAUUUUCCUGAUGUUGAAAAUACAUAAAGUACCAGUCAAAAGUUUGAACACCUACUCAUUCAAGGGUUUUUCUUUAUUUUGACUAUUUUCUAUAUUGUAGAAUAAUAGUGAAGACAUCAAAACUAUGAAAUAACACAUGGAAUCAUGUAGUAACCAAAAAAGUGUUAAACAAAUCAAAAUAUAUUUCAGAUUUUAGAUUCUUCAAUGUAGCCACCCUUUGCCUUGGUGACAGCUUUGUGCACACUUGGCAUUCUCUCAACCAGCUUCACCUGGAAUGCUUUUCCAACAGUCUUGAAGGAGUUCCCACAUGCUGAGCACUUGUCUGCUUUUCCAUCACUCUGCGGUCCAACUCAUCCCAAACCAUCUCAAUUGGGUUGAGGUCGGGGGAUUGUGGAGGCCAGGUCAUCUGAUGUAGCACUCCAUCUCUCUCCUUCUUGGUCAAAUAUCCCUUACACAGCCUGGAGGUGUGUUGGGUCAUUGUCCUGUUGAAAAACAAAUGAUAGUCCCACUAAGCGCAAACCAGAUAGGAUGGCAUAUCGCUGCAGAAUGCUGUGGUAGCCAUGCUGGUUAAGUGUGCCUUGAAUUCUAAAUAAAUCACAGACCGUGUCACCAGCAAAGCACCAUCACACCACCUCUUCCAUGCUUCACGGUGGGAACCACACGUGGAGAUCAUCCUUUCACCUACUCUGCGUCUCAAAGACACAGCGAUUGGAACCAAAAAUCUAAAAUUUGGACUCAUCAGACCAAAGGACACAUUUCCACCGGUCUAAUAUCCAAUGCAAAUCUAUUAUUAUUAUUAUUUGUGUCCUUUAGUAUUGGUGUCUUUGCAGCAAUUCGACCAUGAAGGCCUGAUUCACGCAGUCUCCUCUGAACAGCUGAUGUUGAGAUGUUGUCUGUUACUUGAACUCUCAAACAUUUAUUUGGGCUACAAUUUCUGAAGCUUGUAACUCUAAUGAACUUAUCCUCUGCAGCAGAGGUAACUCUGUGUCUUUCUUGUGGUGGUCCUCAUGAGAGCCAGUUUCAUCAUAGCGCUUGAUGGUUUUUGCGACUGCACUUGUAGAAACUUUCAAAGUUCUUGAAAUGUUCCGUAUUGACUGACCUUCCUACAUUUAAAGUAAUGAUGGACUGUUGUUUCUCUUUGCUUAUUUGAGCUCUUCUUGCCAUAAUAUGCCUUUGUCUUUUACCAAAUAGGGCUGUCUUCUGUAUACCACCCCUACCUUGUCACAACACAACUGAUUGGCUCAAACGCAUUAAGAAGGAAAGAAAUUCCACAAAUUAACUUUUUAAGAAGGCACACCUGUUAAUUGAAAUGCAUUCCAGGUGACUAACUCAUGGAGCUGGUUGAGAGAAUGCCAAGCGUGUGCAAAGCUGUCAUCAAGGCAAAGAGUGGCUAUUUUGAAGAAUUUCAAAUAUAAAAUAUAUUUUGAUUUGUUUAACACUUUUUUGGUUACUACAUGGUUCCAUAUGUGUUAUUUCAUAGUUUUGAUGUCUUCACUAUUAUUCUACAAUGUAGAAAAUAGUAAAAAAUAAAGGAAGUCUUGAAUGAGUAGGUGGUCCAAACUUUUGACUGGUGCUGUAUUUUCCAUACGUAGAAAUCAGGUGAAUUUUUGGUUCUGAAUUAAUGUUGAAAAUACUCUACUUAUUUUUACUGUAAUGUACUGCACUCUGCUGUGCUCUACUGAAGUGGUUUUCAAACCUCUCCUCGGGGAACCCCAGACUUUUCAAAAUGUUGCUGUAGCUCUGAUCUAGCUAUUCAAGAGGUUGAGGAUUAGUUGACAAAUUGAAUCGGGUGUGCUAGCUUUGGAAUAAAUCAAUUCCAUUGAACGGCCUGGGGUUUCAAUGGAGAGGUUUGAGAACCUCUAAUGUGCUGACCAGACCAAAUCUGAACCAAUCAAGGAUGUCAAUGACUGGUUCAGAUUUGGUCCAGACCAGACAUAAAAUCAACAUCCUUGGAUGAGAUUCCCUAGAAACACGCCUCUUCGAUACAGCUAUGACUUUUUUGUAGCAGGUUAGAACUUACCCAGCAGGUUAGGAGAAUUAAGUUAAGGUUUGGAAACGGGUUAGGGUUAGCGAAAAUGCUCUCCUAACCUGCUACAAAAAGUUACUAGUACCGAAGUGGUGUGUUUUUAGGGACUCAAGGCCGGUCUGGACCGCACCAAAAUUGUUGAUAAUGGAUUAAUAAUGGACUUUACAUUGUCCUAUUUAAAAUAAUGUGUAUAUAUACAUGCAUACACUGAGUGUACAAACAUUAUGAACACCGGCUCUUUCCAUGACAGACUGACCAGGUGAAAGCUAUGAUCCCUUUAUUGAUGUCACUUGUUAAAUCCACGUCAAUCAGUGUAGAUGAAGGAUUUUUAAGCCUUGAGACAACUGAGACAUGGAUUGUGUAUGUGCCAUUCAGAGGGUGAAUGGGCAAGACAAAAUAUUUAAGUGCCUUUGAACAGGGUAUGGUAGUAGGUGACAGGUGCACCGGUUUGUGUCAAGAAUUGCAACGCUGCUGGGUUUUUCACGCUCAACAGUUUCCCCGUGUGUAUCAAGAAUGGUCCACCACCCAAAGGACAUCCAGCUAACUUGACACAACUGUGGGAAUCAACAUGGGCCAGCAUACCUGUGGAAUGCUUUCGACACCUUGUAGUGUCCAUGUGGCCGUGGCUUGCUAUAUAAAGCAGGCAGACAGGCAUCGACUCAUUCAGUUACUUUUCGGUUGAACGUUAGAAUGGGCAAAACAAGUGACCUAAGCGACUUUGAGCGUGGAAUGGUCGUCGGCACCAAUAUGUCAGAAAUGGCCUGUCUUCUGGCCUUUUCAUGCACGACCGUGUCUAGAGUUUACAGAGAAUGGUGCUAAAAACAUCCAGUCAGCGGUAGUUCUGUGGGCGAAAAUAGCUUGUUGAUGAGCAGUCAAAGGAGAAUGGCAAGAAUCGUGCAAGAUAACAGGCAGGCCACAAACAGGAAUAUAACAGUACAAAUACUUCACUUAAAACAGUUUUUUUUUGUUUUUAAUAAUACAAUGUACAGUUUAGGUACACAUUGUGACAUAGUACUUACAACUGUAAUACCUGUUACCUGUAGUAGUACUGUACCAUGUAAAUACAUAAGUAUUAAGGACAUUUAUUGUAAAGUGGGACCAAAUAAGCAAUGUUAGGAUCUCUCCUGAUCUAUUUCUUUUUUUUUUUGUUUCAGAAAUUCAGCUCAGCCAGUAAAUACGCUGCUUUGCUAAUGGACAGCGAGCAAGGAGAUGACGCGGAGGACAGCGUAGAAUAAAGCGAGAGAGCGGGAGAGAAAAGAAGAGGAGAUCAAGCGAAUGAAAGAAUCUCACAUUAAAUAUGAAAGUCUCCUCACCUGGGGUAGAGACACCUGGGAGGUCAUCACUCCUACCUACCUUCCUUACUCAAAACCCAUCCCAGACCUCCCCCUCCCCCUUUCAGGACUUUUCAGUUUCUAAAAAGAAUAGUCUCAUACUGACUUGUUUUAAAUGGAAAAGGAAAGGAGUAGUCGACACAAGAAAAUAUGGAAAAUUGAAUUAAUUGUAAUAAAUAAAUAAAAAAAGUGGGGUAAAAAAUAUGAUUGUUUACAUUUGUGAUGGUAUUUUCUCUCCAGCGGAAAAGGAUGAAGAGUUGGUUACUGGAUGCUUGCUUGUCAGCCUGACCUAUUAAACCUUGUGCAGUAAAAAG